UACUCAAAAGGCAACUAAUCAACGUUCACGAAGACUGUCCUCACCGUAACACAACACCCAUUUUUCAGAUCUCUCAGUUUGUUCUCGAUUCCAACACGACACCCAUUUCUUUCCAUCGUUUUCUUCUUCCCCGACUGCCUGAUGUUCAAGUGAAAUGAACUUCUGUGGCAAUCAAACUCUUCUUCUCAAGUUAUAUACUGUAAAAGUGGUCCGACAUAUUGCUUCUGGUGCUUGUAUUUGAAAGAGAAACGUAAAGGUUUCAUGGAUUAUUUGUGGUCUCCUACGCUACUUUAAAUCAGGAAACUCAUCCUAUAAUGAAUUUUGAAAGUCCUUGAUUUGGAUCUCACAAAUAGCUACUAUGAUUGGGAGGAAGAACGCUGGACAGGCUUCCCCUCUGUUUCUGGUUCUCUUGGCUCUUACUUUCUGCUUUGUAACUUAUAAUUUGGUGACGGCUAUUAUUCAGUAUGGAUCUGUGGGAAGGGAAGUUGGACAUAACUCCUACAACCGAUUAUCGACUGACCCCAUCAUUGAAAUGCCGGAGAAUGUGAAAAGAAAGAAGACGAAGUCACCUUUCCAUGUUGCUUUGACAGCGACUGACGCCCCUUACAGCAAAUGGCAAUGUCGUAUUAUGUAUUACUGGUACAAGCAGAAGAAAAAUUUGCCUCAAUCUGAGAUGGGAGGGUUCACUCGUAUUUUACACUCGGGAAAACCAGAUAACUUAAUGGAUGAGAUUCCUACUAUGGUGGUGGAUCCUCUUCCUGCUGGUAUGGACCGGGGCUACAUCGUCUUAAACAGACCGUGGGCCUUUGUGCAGUGGCUGGAAAAGGCUACAAUAGAGGAAGAAUAUAUACUAAUGGCAGAACCAGAUCAUAUAUUUGUUAAUCCGCUUCCUAAUUUAUCUGAUGGAGGUUAUCCAGCUGCCUUCCCAUUUUUCUACAUCAAACCUGAUCAAAAUGAAAAAGUUUUGAGAAAGUUUUUCCCCAAGGAAUAUGGCCCCGUAACCAAUAUUGAUCCGACUGGCAACUCCCCUGUAAUUAUUAGGAAGGAUUUGAUUGAAAAGAUUGCUCCUACCUGGAUGAAUGUUUCAUUGAAGAUGAAAGAGGAUCCAGAGACGGAUAAAGUUUUUGGAUGGGUGCUAGAAAUGUAUGCUUAUGCAGUUGCUUCGGCUUUGCACGGCGUGCAACAUGUACUUCGGAAAGAUUUUAUGUUGCAGCCACCAUGGGACUUGGACAUAGGUAAAAAGUUCAUUAUACAUUAUACUUAUGGAUGCGACUACAACUUAAAGGGGGAAUUGACAUAUGGCAAAAUUGGUGAAUGGCGAUUCGACAAGAGAUCGCAUUUACGUGGACCUCCACCGAAAAACAUACCUUUACCCCCUCCAGGAGUUCCUGAAAGUGUGGUAACCUUGGUAAAGAUGGUGAAUGAAGCAACUGCUAACCUUCCCAACUGGGAGGCAACAUAGUUAUAUAAAAUGUCAUAUUUGAUGUGUUCAAAAGGCCUGUGCUCUAAAAUUCAUGUCCUGUCUUUUCAAUCACAUCUCACGAACUUCAGAAUAUACAAAUCCCAGCUUGGUUUUGAACCCUUUUUUUUAGGGAUUUUAGAGAGGGGGGAAUAGUAAAAAGAAUUAUUUUGUUAUAGAAACCAACUGAAUCAAUUUCUUAGUUUUCUCUUGUUCUAAACCUCUCCUUUUUUAAAAGAAAAGAAAAAUUACUUAUUUACGGAGCAGUUGAAUUUGUGGGUUCUAAGUUGAA